AUGGGUUGCGCGACAUCGAAGCAACGACCGGUGUGCCGGAACUGUAAAGGGCCAUGUGCUCCGAUUACCCGAAGCUAUUCAAUGCACGUCCACCACCCGCCUCAGAGCGACGGCGACAGCUACCAUGUCGUUGCUCUUAAAUCCACCACUCUCGGAUACCUUCAGCUCGAUCCAUCGAACUCCAAUGAGGCUCGCAGUGCGAAAAAUCCAGGCGUCGUACAGAUUCAUCAAGAUCCUCUCCGACAAAAUGAGAUACAUGAUAAGGAAAGUAACGAAUUUGCAGUCGGCGUGAUUGACGCCAAGACAUGGUCGAAGAUGAUCGAAGAAAAAAUCCCCAAAAUCAUCCCCAGAACACCCAUCAGAACGCCUCCCGGCGAGCCGGAAACGAUCAAUGCGUGGGAAUUGAUGGAAGGUUUGGAUGAUACAAGCCCACUCCGACCAAAAUCCGCCGCGAAUCACAUCCGUAGCUUCUCAUUUCAUGUUAAUCCCAAUUCCUUUACAUCCUUCGGUGAAUCUGCAACAGAAUUCCGAGAACAAGAUCGACAAACUGAAGUCUCCGGCAAACCACUAUGUCUACCAAUACCAGAGAACAACUCCUCAGAUUCGAAUUCCCUUUUCGAUUCAAACGACACAUCGGUGGCAUCGGAUUUUGAUACUGAGGUAAUUUCUUCAUUCAGAAAAUCACUAGAGUUACUACCUCCGGCGAACCCAUUUCACCUAAAGCCAUCGAUCGACGAGAAGGAUCCGCCGUCCUCAGACGGCUACGGUGAUGAUGAUUCAUUGGACAUAACGAAUUCCAAGAAAUCUUUACAAAACGGCUUUUUCGGUGAUGGUAAAAACAUCAGUCCUCCACGUGUCCAAGAAAAGUUAGUUUUGUACUUCACUAGCUUACGAGGAGUUAGGAAGACGUACGAGGAUUGCUGCCAUGUCAGACACAUCUUAAAGGCAACCGGAGUUCGUGUUGACGAGCGUGAUGUAUCGAUGCAUUCGGGUUUCAAGGAGGAAUUGAAAGAAUUAUUGGGUGGUUUUAUUGGUGGUGGAUUGCCUAAAGUCUUCAUCGGAAUUAAAUGUAUUGGUGGUGCUGCUGAAAUCCGGCGAUUACAUGAAGAUGGGCACCUUGAGAAGGCGUUGGAAGGUUGUGAAAUGAUGGAUGGCGGUGGCUAUGUCGGUGGUGGUGGAGUUGGUGGCUGUGAGGCUUGCGGUGAUAUUAGAUUUUUACCAUGUGAGACGUGUUCUGGAAGCUGUAAGAUUUAUUAUGACGAUGAAUCUGAUGAUGAAGAAGUAGAUGAUGAAGAAAAAGAAGAAAAUGAUUAUGGGUUUCAAAGAUGUCCCGAUUGCAAUGAAAAUGGACUAAUUAGAUGUCCAGUUUGCUGUGAUUAA